AUGAUGCGGCGGAGGUGCGCCGGCCUGGCGGGGAGGGCCGGCCGGCAGUGGCGGCAUGGGGCGCUGGGCGCCGCGCGGGGCCUCAGCGACGACGCGGCCGACGACAUCGACGGGUGCCGCACGCCGUGGGUCCGGCAGGUGGUCAGCGGCGUCGACCUGCUGCGCAACCCCAAGUACAACAAGGGCCUGUGCUUCGGGGGCGAGGAGCGCGACCGCCUGCACCUGCGCGGCCUGCUGCCGCCGGCGAUGCUAUCUGGGCGCGUGCAGCUGGAGCGCACGGUGCUCAACGUGCGAGGCAAAGCGGACGCAAUGGACAAGUACACUUAUCUUAUGUCCCUGCACGAACGCAACCAGACGCUCUUCUACCGCGUGCUGAUCGAGAACCUGGAGGAGCUGCUGCCCGUGGUGCACAACCCGACGAUGCGCCUGGCCUGCCAGCGCUACAGCCUGAUGUUCCGCAGCCUCCCGCGCGGGCUGUUCAUCACGCUGGCCGACCGCGGGCGCGUCUACAAGAUCCUGAAGAACUGGCCGGAGCGGCGCGUCAAGCUCAUGGUGUGCACGGACGGCGAGAACCUGGGGCCGCAGCUCAACCCGGAGGACAACGUCGAUCUGGGCUGCCAGGCGAUCGGCGUGCCGGUAUCGAAGCUCAUGAUGAUGACCGCCGCGGGCGGCGUGCACCCGGAUGCGUGCGUGCCUGUGGUCCUGGACGUCGGCACCGACAAUGAAGAGCUGCUGGCUUCACCGUUCUAUGUGGGAGUGAAGGAGAGGCGAUCCCGGGGCGAGGCGUACAACGAGCUCAUGGACGAGUUCCUGACGGCAGUCAGGCGGAGAUACGGGAACACGGUGAUGAUCCAGUUCGUGGACAUGAAGUACGAGAACGCGACGUCCCUCGUGGGGAUGUACCAGAGCGAGUUCCCGUGCCUGCACGACGGCAGCCAGGGCAGGGCGGCGACCAUCCUGGCGGGCGUGCUGGGUGCGCUACCGCUGACGGGCCGAGCGCUGCACGAGCACAGGUUCCUGCUGGCGGGGCGGGGUGAGCUGGUGUCGGCGACGGCGGAGGUGAUCGCGAUGGCGGUGGCGGGGCAGACGGGCAAGACGCUGCUGGAGGCGCGGGAGAACGUGUGGCUUCUGGACUCAAGGGGGCUUGUUACGCGGGAACGUGGCAACACCGGACUGAUCGAGUCGUUUGAGCUGCCGUAUUGCCACAGUGCGCCUGCUUGCCCUGACCUCAUCACAGCUGUCAAGGCCAUCAAACCCACGGUGCUCAUCGGGUGCAGCUUCACAUCGCGCUACCCCUUCCCUUUUGAUGAACAUGUUUGCCGCGCGAUGGCAGAAAACGCAGAGAGGCCCAUCAUAUUCCCGCUGACCCCAUCUGGGGCAGAGUGCACUGCGCAAGAGGCAUACAACUGGACUGCAGGUCGGUGCAUAACAGCCCAGGUGGAGGGCACUUCCAGUCAGUGCACCCUUCCUGAUGGGACCACGAUGCACCCCAGCCAGUGCAACACAACAUAUAUUUUUCCAGGCGUCGCCCUUGGGACCCUGGUGUCCAGAUCUGUUCGCCUGAGCUCCGAUCAAUUCGUCGCCGCGGCGUCUGCGGUUGCCAGGCUGGUGACGGAUGAGGACAGAUCGCGAGGCGCGAUCUUUCCACCCCUGGAUCAGCUGAGGGAGGUGGCAGCGAUGGUGGCAAGGGCGGUGGCCCAGAAGAGCUACGAGGCGGGCACAGCCACCCACUUGCCUAAGCCCACCAACCUGCUGGAGUACAUACGUGAGUCUAUGUACGUGCCCGGAUAUCGCACGUACAGGUGA